AGAAGAGGAGCUUGGAGAAGAUGCCCAUGUUUACUGGAAAACUGACAAAAAUACUAUUUAUCAGAGUGAUGGGGGGAAAUCCUUCAAUUUUGAUCGUGUGUUUCAUAGUAAUGAAACCACUAAAAAUGUAUAUGAAGAAAUUGCAGUACCAAUCAUCAAUUCUGCCAUACAAGGCUACAAUGGUACCAUAUUUGCUUAUGGGCAGACUGCAUCAGGAAAAACGCAUACUAUGAUGGGUUCUGAAGACUGUUUGGGAGUUAUACCCAGGGCAAUUCAUGACAUUUUCCAAAGGAUUAAGAAGUUUCCUGAGAGAGAAUUUCUCUUGCGGGUGUCUUACAUGGAGAUCUACAAUGAAACCAUUACAGACUUACUCUGUAAUGCUCAAAAAACGAAACCUUUGAUAAUUCGGGAAGACAUCAACAGGAAUGUGUAUGUUGCUGAUCUUACAGAAGAAGUGGUUAAUACAGCAGAGGUGGCUUUGAAAUGGAUCACAAUGGGAGAAAAGAACAGACAUUAUGGAAUAACCAAAAUGAAUCAAAGAAGCAGUCGUUCUCAUACGAUUUUUAGGAUGAUUUUGGAAAGCAGAGAAAAAGGUGAAUCUUCUAAUUGUGAUGGGUCUAUCAAGGUGUCGCAUUUGAAUUUGGUAGACCUUGCAGGCAGUGAAAGAGCUGCUCAAACAGGAGCUGAAGGUGUGCGACUCAAGGAAGGCUGUAAUAUAAAUCGGAGUUUAUUUAUUUUGGGACAAGUGAUUAAGAAACUUAGUGAUGAACAGUUUGGUGGUUUCAUAAAUUACCGAGAUAGCAAAUUAACUCGAAUUCUUCAGAAUUCCUUGGGAGGAAAUGCAAAAACUCGUAUCAUCUGCACAAUUACUCCAGUGUCAUUCGAUGAGACCCUAACCACUCUCCAGGUAAAUACAAAGACUCGGGCGCAGGAAAUGGAAAAGGACCAACUGGCCCAGCUUCUGGAUGAAAAAGACUUGCUUCAGAAAGUACAGGAUGAGAAAAUCCAGAACCUGAAGAGGAUGCUGGUGACGUCGUCUUCUAUUGCAUUUCAGCAGGAGCUAAAGGUUAAAAAGAAACGAAGAGUUACUUGGUGCUAUGGCAAAAUUAACAAAAUGAAGGAUUCGAACUAUGUAAAUGAAUUUAAAGUCCCAACAAAUGUAACAACAAGAGCAAAUAAAACUUCAGUGACUCUUUUGGGAGAAAAUUCUCUAAUGAGAUUGGGAGAGAAUGAUGAAUCACUCCCUAUUGAGUCGGAUGUGUUCAAUAACACUCUGGAACCAUUGACUGAGGUAGAAUGGAGUUCAGCAACAAAACUACUAGGCGAGGAAAACGUAGAAAGUGAGUUAAGCUCACUUCAUGCUCAAUAUGAUGAUCUAGUAUUGGACUAUGAGCAGCUAAGAAGAGAAAAUGAAGAACUGAAAUUGAAAUUAAAAGAAAAAAAUGACUUAGAGGAAUUUGAAGCUCUAGAAAGAAAAGCAGAGAAAGAUCAAGAGAUGCAACUGAUUCAUGAAAUUUCCAACUUAAAGAAUUUAGUUAAACAUGCAGAAGUAUAUAAUCAAGAACUUGAGAAUGAAAUAAGUUCAAAAGUAGAGCUUCUUAAAGAAAAAGAGGAUCAGAUUAAAGACCUGCAGAAAUACAUAGAUGCCCAGAAGUCAGAAAAGAUGAAAAUAGACUUGUCGUACUCAUCGGAACCCACUGAAGAACUAAAACAGGUGAUGCAAACGCUGUCUGAUAUGGACACUGUGGCCCUUGAUGCCAAGAGAGAGGCAGCCUUUCUUAGAAGUGAAAAUCUGAGGCUGCAGGAGAAAAUUAAUGAACUUUCAGAUUCUUGUAAGCAAAUGGAAAAUGACACUCAGGCAUAUCAACGCCAACUGGAGGCAAAAAAGAAAAUGCAAGUCGAUCUAGAUAAGGAAUUACAGUUUGCUUUUCAAGAAAUAUCAAAACUCACUGCCCUGGUAGAAGGCAAAGGUUUGCAGUCAAAUUUGGAACUGGAGAAAAAGAUUACUGAUCUCCAAAGAGAACUGAAUAAAGAAGCUGAAGACAAAGAAAUUUUGCAAAAAGAAGUCAGUUUGCUCUCAGAGUUGAAAUCUUUACCCUCUGAGGUAGAAAUGCUGAGGAGAGAGCUGCAUGAGAAAUCUGAAGAGCUGUGCUUUAUAACCUCAGAAAGAGAACACUUGUUUUCUGAAGUAGCUCAUAAAGACAGUAGAAUUCAAGGUUUGCUUGAAGAAAUCGGAAACGCUAAAGAUGACCUUGCAGCUUCCCAGCUGAAUUACAAAAGCAGAGAUGAAGCAUGCCAAACACUGAAAACCCUGCACAUGGAACUUGAGCAAAAAUACCAAGUGGUCUUGGAGGAGAGUGAGAGGAUGAAGCAGGAAAUAGGAAAUCUCUCUAAAGAAGCAGAAAAACUUGGUUUAAGUUUGGAUUCCUUGAAUGCCGAGCUUUCCCACAAGACUCAAGAGCUUCAGCAGAAAACAAGCGAGGGUCAAGAGAGGUCAGAUCAGAUGGAGGAACUAAGAGAGCAGUUAGAAAACAGGGAAUCCAGCCUGCAGUCUGCGGAGAAGGAGAGAGCAGUGCUCACGGAGAGGCUUCAGCAAGCCUUGGAAGAAGUCAGAGUCUUAACCCAAGAAAAGGAAGACCUAAAGCAACUCCAAGCAAGCCUGCAGACUGAAAGGGACCAACUCAAAAGUGACAUUCAGGACACUGUAAACAUGAAUGUUGAUACUCAAGAACAGUUACUGAAUGCUCUCGAGUCUUUGAAGCAACACCAAGAAACAAUUAACCAGCUGAAAAUGAAAGCUGCGGAGGAAACGUCCAAGAACCUGCAUACAAAGGACAGGGGAGGGACGGGAGAUGAAAUUCAGCAGAAGAUGAAUGACGUAGACGAAGAGCAGAAUCUGCUUGCUGGAAAUGCCCAAACAUUGAUUGCAGGUGUUAACGAUAAUGAGGUAACUGAAGAAAAGAGGAAAAUACAUUCUUUAAUGCAGGAGAAUAAUGGACUCCAACAAACAUUGGAAAGUAUUAUAGCAGAAAAGGAACAAUUAAAAAUGGAUCUACAAGAAAAUAUUGAGAUGACGAUUGAAAACCAGGAGGAAUUAAGAGCUCUUAGAGAUGAACUCAAAAGGCAGCAAGAGGUAGCUACACAGGAAAAAGACAUAGCCACUAAGAAGAGUGAAGAACUCUCCAGGGUGUGUGAGAGAUUGGCAGAAGUAGAAGAAGAGUUAAAGGAAAAGAACCAGAAACUCCAAGAAAAGCAGCAACAACUUGUUAGUGCAGAAGAAGAUAUGAGUGAGAUGCAGCAAAGGAUGACUGCCACGGAGAAGAGCCAGCGAUUGGCACUGGAGUACGUGGAGGCAGAGAGACUUGAGUUGACUCAGAAACUUCAUGAAAAUUGUGAGAAGAUGAAAUCACUAACAAAAGAAAGAAAUGAGCUAAGCGAAUUACAGGAAUCAUUUGAACUAGAAAGAAGGCAACUUAAAGAAUAUGUGAGAGAAAUGGAAGCUAUACGCCUCCAGACAGAAGAAGAACUAAACACUACUCGCACACAUCUGAAAGAGCACCAAGAAAUCAUCGAGGAGCUAAGAAGCAGCCUUACUGGGAAAGAAGCUCAAAUAGCAAGCACCAAGGACACAGAAAAGUCCCGUACCCAAUGGCAAGAGGAGACCCCAGGGCUACAAGAGCAAGAGCUACUUUCUAAUGUGGAAGAUGCGGGUGAGAUUCCAGGAAAAGCGAGUGAGCUGGAGCCAUUGAGAGAACACUCCACAACAAUGGGUUCAGAGCCAUCAGAAGACAUAGAAAAAGCGCGUGAGCUGGAGCCAUUGGGAGAACACUCCACAACAAUGGGUUCAGAGCCGUCAGAGGACACAGAAAGGCUUGGGCUGACUGAGAAACUUGAAGAAAGUCAGAAAGAGGUGAAAUGUCUCACUAAAGAGAGGGAUGACCUGAAAGUGAUGCUUCUAGCACUGCAUGUCGAAUGUGCCCAGCUGAAAGAAGAUGUGAAAGCAGCUUUGACUAAACAUCUAGAAACUGAAGAGGAACUUAACAUUGCUCAUUGUUGCCUGAAAGAGCAAGAGAAGAAAACUGAUGCACUGAGAGUGAGGCUCUCCCAAAAGGAAACUGAGCUGUCAAGUGUUCGUGUACAGCUAGAGUCGGCCACUGAUGAACUAGAGAGAAAGGUUCAAGAACUCAAUGAGAAACAGGAACAACUUAAUAUAAAAGAAACUAGUGAGUCUCAAGAGAAAAUGAAUGAACUAGACCAAGUCAAGGCGCUUCUCCUAGCCAAGGACUCAACACUACAAAGGAUAGAAAGUGACAGGCUCCAGCUGACUAAACAACUAGAAGAAAGUCAAGAGGAAAUGAGAGUUCUAAUCAAGGAAAGAGAUGAACUGAAAAGAAUCCGAGAGGCUCUUGAUGUGGAAAAUGAACAACAGAAAGAAAACAUUAAAGAAAUUGGCGCUAAGCUCCAAGAACUUCAGGACAAAGAGCGUGAAUGUCUUGUGAUGAAGACAACUGAGGAGACUCAAGGAGAUGCAUGUGAAAUGGAAUGCUUGACUAAGCAGUUGGAGGCCCAGAAGUCAACUCUGGAAAGGGUGGAAAUGGAAAAUGCUAACUUGACUCAAAGGCUUCAUGAAACCCUUGAAGAAAUGGGAUCUGUAGCAAAAGAAAGAGAUGAGCUUAGGAGUUUGGAGGAGCGCCUCACAGUAGAGAGAGACCAGCUGAAGGAGAGCCUUAAAGAGACAGCAACUAGAGGUCUGGAAAAAGAGGAGGAGCUGAGAGUGGCUCGUGUGCAUCUGCAAGAGCACCAGGAGACUAUCGUCAGUCUCAGAGAGAGCGUGUCUGCUAAGGCAGAUGAGAUGUCACGUAUUCAAGGGGACUUAGCACACACACAUACUGCCCUAGAAGUGCAGAGCCAAGAACUCCAAGAAAAAGCACAUCAACUUUCUCAAGUGAAAGCUGAGCUCAAGGAAACUGUGGAUGAAAUGGAGCAAUUGAAGAAGCAGCUAGAAGCCCAGAAUUCAACUCUGGAGAACAUAGAAAUAGAGAAGUUAAAAUUGACUCAACAAGUGUAUGAAAACCUUGAAAAAAUAAGACUUGUCACUAAGGAAAAUGAUGACUUAAAAGUUAUAGAUGAAGCCCUCAGAGUGGAGCAAGACCAACUAAGAAAAAGUCUUCAACAAAUGGAAGCGAACGAUCUGGAAAAACAAGAGAAACUAAGAAUUGCUCACCUGGAUCUGAAAGAGCACCAAGAAACUAUUGACAGACUCCGAGGGGUUGUGUCAAAGAAGACAGCUGAAGUGUCAAAUAUGGAAAUGGAAUUAGAAAAUGCAAAUAUUAAAUUACAAGAAAAGAUUCAAGAACUUAAGGCAAAUGAAGGUCAGCUUCUUAAGUUAAAAGGAGCUGCUGUUGAGACACAAAAGCAACUCAAGGAGCAAGGGUUAGCUCUGAAUAAGAUAGAGAUAGAGAAUUUAAAUCUGGCUCAGAAGCUUCACGAAAACCUUGAAGAAAUGAAAUCUGUAAUAAAAGAAAGAGAUAAUCUAAAGAGAGUGGAGGAAAUGCUCAAGUUGGAGAGAGACCAGCUCAAGGAAAACCUAAGGGACACCAAGUGGAAGGACCAUCAAAACCAUGAAGAAAUAGUAAAACAUGCAAAGAGGUUACUAUAUGAUGGAGAACAACACAGUACAGAAAGCCUUCGAGAAAAGUGCCUCAGGAUAAAAGAACUCCUGAAAAGAUACUCAGAAAUGGGUAAUGAGUAUGAGUGCUUGAAUUCAUUCUCUAUUGACUGGGAGAAGGAAACUAAAACCCAAAAAGAGCUGGCACUUGCUAUAAAAGCAAAGCUCUCACUUCCACACCCACAAACCAAAGAGAUUGAAAAGCUUCUUACUACAAACCACAGAUGUUCCAUGGAAUUCCACAGAAUUCUGAAGAAGCUUAAGUAUGUGUUGAGCCACAUUACAAGGCUAAAGGAAGAGCAACAUGAGUUCAUCAAUAAGUUUGAAAUGGCUUUUGUCCAGGAAGUGGAAAAGCAGAAUGAACUGAGGAUUAAGAUACAGAGCUUUCAACAAGUUUAUGAUAUUCCAUCCAAAGACUUAGAGAACCUCAAACUUAGCCAGGAUAUGGAUCUCCAUAUUGAGGAAAUUGCCAAAGAUUUUGCAGAAAAUGGAUUCCCCACCAUAAAAACUGAAUUCCAACAAGUACUAAGUAAUAGGAAAGAAAUUACUCAGUUUUUGGGGAGAUGGAUGAAUACUCCUUUUGAUACAGAAAAGCUUAAAAGUGGCAUCCAAAGAGAAAAUAAUAGCAUUUGCCAAGUGAAUAACUUCUAUAAUAGCAAAAUAAUUGCCAUGAUAAAUGAAUCAACAGAGUUUGAGGAAGGAAAUGCUGCCAAAUGUAAAGAGUUGGAACAUUAUCUGAAAUCACUGAAGGAAAAAACUAAACAACUAUCUAAAGACUACGAGACUUUGACUGUCUCCCGAUCUGCUGCCCAUGUUCAUACCACCACACAGCCUUCUACACAGGGCAGUAAAAAUCCUCACAUUGCGUCAGUAGGUGAACAACUAACAUCAGAGAAAAUUCAGGAGCUAGAAACCUCCUUACAAGAAGCCAAAAAAAGUGCCAUGCAUAAGGAAGGCCAGAUUGCAAAGAUGCAGAAGGAACUAGCAAUGUCUAAGGACUUGGUAGCAAAGCUCCAGAGUGAAGUCCAUGAAUCAAACAAAUGCCUUGAAAACACAAAGGCAACAGUACAAAAGCUUCAGGACAAAGUGGCGUUAGGAGCUGUGCCCUAUAAAGAAGAAAUUGAGGAUCUCAAAAUGCAGCUGGUGAAAAUUGACCUAGAAAAGAAGGAAAAUGCCAAGGAAUUCGAAAAGGAAAUUCUUUCUACAAAAGCCACUGUUACACAUCAAAAAGAAGUGAUAAGGAUGCUGAGAGAAAAUCUUAGAAGAAAUCAACAGGCCCAGGAUACCUCAAUGGUGUCAGAGCCCGACUCUCAGACUUUGAGGAAACCUUUAACCUGUGGAGGUGGCAGUGGCAUUGUACAAAGCACAAAAGCCCUUAUUCUGAAAAGUGAAUAUAUAAGGAUGGAAAAUGAAAUUUCUAAAUUAAAGCAGCAAAAUGAACAGCUUGUAAAGCAAAAUAAUCGACUAUUAAGUGAUAAAUCUCAGCUCUCCAAGAAGCUUGAAACAAUGAAGGAAAGAACCCUUAAAAGAGACACUUACAGAGAAUCAGCUUGUGAGAACUCUCCAAAGUCUCCCAAAGUGACUGGGGCAGAUUCUAAAAGGAGACAGAACACACCUUCUCAGUGCAGGGAACGGAACUUUCAAGAUUCACCAAAAUCUUUGUUUUCUGAUAACCGGGCAAAGUCUCUACCUGCACCUUACCCAGUUUGCUAUUUUGAUAACUCUGCUUUAGGACUGUGUCCAGAGGAACCAGCUGUGGAAGCAGAGAAUGUGAAUCCUAAGACAGACCUUUAUCAGCCCUCCUCAGGAAAAGAUGGGCCCGAGUGCAAAAUGCAAUAGAUGUCCCACCCACAGCACCCUCUAGAAUGGCUUCCGUGUGUCUACCCUGACAGUGAUGUUGCAGUCCAACUUAAUUUCAGUCUGAUUUACACUUUGCCCUUACAAUUAGAAGAUGGAGGAACAGCAAACUAAUUUAUUCCAGUUAUUUAGAAUGGUGAUAGCAGUACCUUCUUCUUGUAUUUGUGACACUUCCAGAAGCUGGACUAUUUUAUUUAUUUUUAUAUAUAUUGCAAAGAAUAAAGUUCUUGAAAGAACUUCCA